UUGUAGCAGCUGCUGUUGUAGCUUCUGUAGUUGCUGUAGUAGCUGUUGUAGCAGCUGUUGUAGCAGCUGUUGUAGCUGCUGCUGUAGCUGCUGUAACUACUGCUGUAGCAGCUGUAGUUGUAGCUGCUGCUACAGCUGUAGUUGUAGCUGCUGCUGCAGCUGUAGUUGUAGCUGCUGCUACAGCUGUAGUUGUAGCUGCUGCUGCAGCUGUAGUUGUAGCUGCUGCUGCAGCUGUAGUUGUACCUGCUGCUACAGCUGUAGUUGUAGUUGUAGCAGCUGCUACAGCUGUAGUUGUAGCAGCUGCUACAGCUGUAGUUGUAGUUGUAGCAGCUGCUACAGCUGUAGUUGUAGCUGCUGCUGCUCGCCACUGGCGUUGUAAGCGGCCGGCGGCUGCACGUGAAGCCGCUCGCGGAGCUCAACGGCCACCGGGCACAGAGACAUUUCUCAUUCAUCAGCAGGGGUGGGCUGUGUGUGUGUGUGAAGGCGUCUAUCAUUAGUAGUGUUGUUGUUGUUGUAAGAAGACGACGGCGGGAGAGAGUGAGAGAGAGGCCGUAGAGAGAGAGCAAAGCUGUGCGGACGGGCGCACAUAGACACGCGGACGAGGCUGAGAGCUACCGCCACGUAGAAGCUUCACAGAGGAACGGGAGAAGCGGGUAGAAUGGAGCCACCCUCGGGUGAAAUGUCAAGCCUGCAGCUGGCAGCCAGCAGCGGCCUGGGUGGCAGCCGCUUCCAAGUGAACGUGGUGGAGGAGGAGGCGGCCGCCGCCGCUGCUGCAGCCGCCGCGGCCGCCGCAGCCGCAGCCGCCGCAGAUGGCGAGGGGCAGCCGGAGCGGGGAUCGCAGGAGCCGCCGGGCACCCAAGAGGAAGCGCAGGAGCGAGCGAGCGAGGACGGGCCGGAGGAGCGAGGGGAGCAAGGGGAGCAGCAGCAGAAGAAGCAGCCGCCACACGGCAACAUGAGCGACCCGAGCCACAAGGAGGAGGGCAAGGCCGGGCGCUUCCGCGUGAACUUCGUCAACAGCCGCUCGCGCAGCAACAGCAGCAGCAGUGGCGGGGGCGGCGGUGGGGCCGGCGGGGAGACGUCGCGCAGCGAGGGCAGCUACCACGCGUACGACACGCACACCAACACCUACUACCUCCGCACGUUCGGCCACAACACCAUCGAUGCCGUGCCGCACAUCGACUUCUACCGCAAUGCCGGCUCGCACCUGGGCGACAAGCUGGUGCGGCCCACGCUCGCCGAGCUGCACGACGAGGAGCAAGGGGACGGCAUGGGAGACAUGGACGGGCUGGUGAACGGAGAAGGCGCCUCCGCAGGGAGCGCCACCCUGCUGCAGACGGGUGACCAGGGCGGCGUCGUCAAGUUCGGCUGGAUCAAGGGGGUGCUGGUACGAUGCAUGCUCAACAUCUGGGGCGUGAUGCUCUUCAUCCGCUUGUCGUGGAUCGUCGGGCAGGCCGGCAUAGGCCUUGCCGCCACCAUAAUUCUGCUGGCUACCCUGGUAACCACAAUCACAGGGUUGUCCACCUCCGCCAUUACGACCAACGGAUUUGUGCGAGGAGGUGGUGCGUACUACCUGAUCUCGCGGAGCCUGGGUCCCGAGUUUGGCGGCUCCAUCGGCCUCAUCUUCGCGUUUGCCAAUGCGGUCGCCGUGGCGAUGUACGUGGUGGGCUUUGCUGAGACGCUGCGAGACAUCCUCAAGGAAAACAACGCGCUGAUGAUCGACGAGACGAACGACAUCCGCAUCAUCGGCAUCAUCACCAUCAUCUUGCUCUUAGGAAUAUCGGUGGCCGGCAUGGAAUGGGAGGCCAAGGCUCAGAUCGUCCUCCUGGUCAUCCUGCUGCUGGCCAUCGCCAACUUCCUCAUUGGCACCUUCAUCCCCCCGACUGAGGAAAAGAAGAGCAGAGGAUAUUUUGGCUACCAAGCGAAAAUUUUUUCGGAGAAUAUGGGACCCGAUUUCCAAAACGGAGAAACCUUCUUCUCGGUGUUUGCCAUCUUCUUCCCGGCGGCAACCGGUAUCCUGGCGGGGGCCAACAUCUCCGGGGACCUCGCCGACCCCCAGGCAGCCAUCCCGCGCGGCACGAUGCUGGCCAUCCUCAUCACCACCAUCACGUACCUCGGCGUCGCCAUGAGCACAGGCUCGGUGGCGGUGCGCCACGCCACGGGCCGCAUCAACGACUCGCUGGCGCUGAGCGGCUCUGCCACCAACUGCUCGGGCGCGGCGUGCGACUUGGGCUACGACUUCUCCUUCUGCAGGGAGCACGAGUGCAAUUACGGCCUCAUCGACAACGUGCAGCUGAUGACGAUGGUUUCGGGCUUCGGGCCACUCAUCACGGCCGGAAUUUUCGCGGCCACGCUGUCAUCCGCCCUCGCAUCGCUCGUCAGCGCCCCCAAGGUCUUCCAGGCGCUGUGCAAGGACAACAUUUACCCAAAGAUGCAGAUGUUCGCCGUGGGCUACGGCAAGAACAACGAGCCGAUCCGCGGCUACAUCCUCACCUUCAUCAUCGCCAUCGCCUUCAUUCUCAUCGCCGAACUCAACGUGAUCGCCCCGAUCAUCUCCAACUUCUUCCUGGCCUCGUACGCGCUCAUCAACUUCUCCUGCUUCCACGCCUCUCUCGCCAAGUCCCCAGGCUGGCGCCCGGCGUUCAAGUACUACAACAUGUGGGUGUCGCUGUUCGGUGCGGCGCUCUGCUGCGGCGUGAUGUUCGUCAUCAACUGGUGGGCCGCCCUCGUCACCUACGUCAUCAUUUUCAGCCUCUACAUCUACGUCACCUACCAGAAACCCGAUGUGAACUGGGGCUCGUCCACCCAGGCGCUGACUUAUCUCAACGCGCUGCAGAACUCGAUCCGUCUGUACGGCGUGGAGGACCACGUCAAAAACUUCCGGCCGCAGUGCCUGGUGCUGACGGGCCCCCCGGAGUCUCGCCCGGCGCUUGUGGACUUCGUUCACGCCUUCACCAAGAACGUGGGCCUCAUGGUGUGCAGCCAUGUUUGCGUGGGCCCGCGGAGGCAGGCGCUCAAGGAGCUGACGGCCAACGCCUCCAAGCAGCACCAGUACCUGCUGCGCCAGCGCCGCAAGGCGUUCUACUCGGCCGUGUGCGCCGACGACCUGCGAGGCGGCACGCUCCACUUCCUGCAGGCGGCAGGGCUGGGCCGCAUGAAGCCCAACACGCUGGUGAUCGGCUUCAAGAAGAACUGGCGGCGAGCCGAAUCCAAGGAUGUGGACGAGUACAUCAACAUCAUCCACGACGCGUUUGACUUCCAGUACGGCGUGCUGGUGUUCCGCCUGCACGAGGGCCUCGACGUGUCGCACAUCGUGCAGAUCCAGGAGGAGCUCCGCCUGCUGGAGAAAGAGCGCGAGGAGGAGAAGGACAUGGAGACGGAGAAGGGAGGCCUCACUGACGUGGUGGUGGGUGACAAAUCCGAGUCCAGCAGCCCCCAGGAGGCCACCGAACCGGGAACCCCACUGCGCAUCGUCACUGGCAGCGGCACCCCUGGAGCGGAGGAGGAGGAAGGCAAAGGGCAGCAGACAAAGCCUCUGCUGCAUAAAGGCAGGCCCGAGCACCAUGCUGAGCGCCGCAGCAAGCUGCACACCCUCCCGCUGACCAACUUCGACCAGAAGCUGCUGGACGCCAGCGCGCAAUUCAACAGCCGCCAGGGCAAGGGGACCAUCGACGUGUGGUGGCUGUUUGACGACGGAGGCCUCACCCUGCUCGUGCCCUACCUGCUCACGACCAAGAAGACGUGGCGCGACUGCAAGAUCCGAGUGUUCAUCGGCGGCAAAAUCAACCGCAUCGAUCAUGACAAGCGCGUGAUGGCGACGCUCCUGAGCAAGUUCCGCAUCGACUUCUCGGACAUCGAGGUGCUAGGAGAUAUGAACACAAAGCCGGACAAGGAUAGCGUGAAGGCGUUCGAGGAGAUGAUCGAGCCGUACCGCCUGCACGAGGAGGACCUGGACGCCGAGGAGGCGGAGAAGCUGCGGCAGGAGAACCCCUGCAAGAUCUCCGAUGACGAGCUGGAGAGGUUUCGCGACAAGACGUACCGUCAGAUCCGGAUGAAUGAGUUGCUGCAGCAGCACUCCCGCAGGGCGAACCUCAUUGUCAUGAGCUUGCCGGUGGCGCGCAAGGGAGCGGUCUCGAGCACGCUCUACAUGGCCUGGCUGGAGGUGCUGUCGAAGAACCUACCGCCCACACUGCUCGUCCGCGGAAAUCACCAGAGUGUGCUGACGUUCUACUCGUGAGCGCCGGCGGGCGGAGGCUGGGUAGUGGGGGGGCGUGGGGGGCGUGCGAAGGUGGUUGGGAAGCGCAUGUCUGUACCCUUUUGAGAGAGGAGCAACGCAAGUUUGGGGGGUCUCCGUUGCGUUUUCACUGGAAAGCGGUUUGGCCUGCUCUUUUGAUUGCGUCGGCCUCGCUUGUUGGGCGUUCAACGCGAGUUUUUAGACUGGGUUUUUGCCGGAGCAUAGAAAGAAAGCGUGCAAUGUGUGUUUCGUUUAAUUUUUUUUUUGCUACCGGAAAGGAGUGGGGUAGAUGGGGCGGCGUUUGGAGGCGCUUUUGGGCAGGUGUGGAGGGUAAUGAAAUAGUAGCAUUGUUUUAAUUGAAACUUGUCUCGUUAGUUUUUUGAAGAAAUGUUUAGGUUUAUUAAUGUGUAGAGACGGACCGGGUUGCCUGCUGUACGUGCUUUAUUUUUUGUUUGUUAUCAUAACAGGCCUCGGUUUUUAAGGAUGGUCAUUGAACAAUGGAAAGGGAGGCCGAAGGUUGGCAAUGCGCGUAGACAUUUUUGUAGCAAAGUCUUCGACAUUCACAGGGUGCAAACCUGCCGUUUAUGUAGUCCUGAUUUCUGAAUGCAGUUGCGUUGACGUUUGAGGGUUCGCUGUCAGUUGUUAUUUGUCCGUAUGCAGUUCUUUCAGCCGCAAGUUUUUAAGUGCCUUUUGGUGUCAUACAGGAUAGGGGGGUGUAAAUGAUAAUUUUAUUUUCCACGAAUGCGAGGGAGUUGCGAGCGGCCCAUGUCAAUUUCACACAUGACUGACGGGUGCCGUUGUUGGUGGCAUCAUCAGCCACGAUCAAUCCGCUGCUGGAUGAAGAUCUCCCACAAAGCCAUCGCCAUCACGCACCGCGGCCUUGCAAUGCAAGGAUCCUUCUCACUCCUGCACACGGGAUGAUUCAAUUGCUCCACCAUCACGGUGGACAUUCACUUGACUACAAGAGGACAAAGUGUCGUGGUUAACUUUGUGUGGUAGGUGGCAUUGGUGUUGAGUGGAUAAAGGUGUGUUUGAUGGGGGCCUUAACACAUUGACUGCCAUAUGACCGACGAUGGGUCACACGCUAUCCAAGCUCUUUAUACACCCCCAUAAAUUGUUUUUGGGUUGUACCGCGCAUCAUUUUGCAUGAUUCGGCCGACGUUUCGCGCCACGUGCUUCGCAGAUUCCGCUUUAAUUCAAUUCCGGAACGAGCUUCUGGCACACAAAAUGAAAUGUCGAACAUUGCACCGAAUCAAUGCGUGAUAAAAACCUGGAAACGCAUCAGAGAGCCAUACAGCACGAAAGUGAAAACCACACGUUUGCCUUUCAACACCUGUCCUCCUUAUUCCUUUCAGUGACAACAACCAUGUCUAGGGCAACAAUGCAACAAGAACGGUCACUUCCGGGUCAUAUGGGUCCACGGGGAAUAAGCGGCAUAUGACCCCAAGGUUUAUUUUCAAUCAAGGGUGGGGAUUGUACAGCAGUUGGCACGUUUGAUGGGAGGGUUCACUCGGGUGGUCAGUGUGUGCGAGUGACGACGGGGCUCGCAGGGUUGAUUUUAAAUGGCUUGGUUCUGCUGCUUUCGCUUUAUUCUCUAUACACAGCUCGCUGGGUUUCUGAAUGAUUGGAAGGGUGGCGUAAAUCCAAAAAACAAAUGUGUUCUUCCAAAGUGAUGUGUAAUUAUGUCCCUUUUAAUUGUAUGCUUGGGCAGAAUUGCAAGCCUUUAUAGUUAAAUGCAAUAAAUUGUUUAUGGAA